CAGGAGAAGCGCUCUCGGCCAACGAAUUGCCUCCGAAGCCCUGAACCACGAUAGCAAACCGGCCAGCCUACCUUCCGAUCUUUGAUUGAACUUAAGACUUGUCUCCAAAGAGAACUUCACAUCCUCAAUGGCAAAGUUCUCAAACUGCCAUCCGAUCGUUUUCUUCUUCUUUGUGUGCCUGGACCACCUGAUCCUUGCCCAGGAUCAACGGGAUUCCCAACCCAGCACUGAGCCUUCUAUUCAGGUCCGGUUGGCAGGAGACAAGAGGAAGCACAACGAAGGGCGAGCGGAAGUCUACUAUAACAACCAGUGGGGCACCAUUUGUGAUGAUGAUUUCUCCAUCCACUCAGCCAAUGUGUUCUGCAGGCAACUGGGCUAUGUGGAAGCCACAUCCUGGUACCCUGGCUCCAAAUUUGGCAAAGGAGAAGGCCCCAUCUGGUUGGACAACCUCUACUGCACCGGCAGAGAGUCAUCGAUAGCUCAGUGUACCUCCAACGGAUGGGGUGUGUCAGACUGCAAACACACCGAGGACGUGAGUGUGGUCUGCAGUGAAAAGAGGAUCCCGGGCUUCAAGUUUGAGGACCCUCUGCUCAAUCAAAUAGAGAACACAAACAUCAAAGUAGAAGAUGUCCGAAUACGGGCCGUCUUUUCAGCGUCUCGCAAACGCAUCCCUGUAACGGAGGGUUACGUGGAGGUCAAAGAAGGGGGUACUUGGAAACAGAUCUGCGACAAAAACUGGACCAACAAAAAUUCCCGUGUUGUCUGCGGCAUGUUCGGCUUUCCGGCAGAGAAGAAAUACAACGUCAGAGCCUACAAGACAUCAGCAAGCAGAAGAAAUCAUAAAUACUGGGCUUAUUCUGUGAAUUGCAAAGGCACUGAGUCACAUCUCUUUAGCUGCAAAAUGGGUGAUCGGAUCAUGACAUUCGGUGGGAACAUUACCUGUGAGAAUGGGAUGCCUGCAGUGGUAAGCUGCAGCCCUGGACUAGCGUUUACCCCAGGCAGCCACAGUGGCUUCGGCAAAGCUUUCCGUGCUCAGCACCUUCUGGUGAGGCUAAAGGGUGGAGCCCAGAUUGGAGAAGGCCGUCUUGAAGUGUUGAUGAAUGGAGAAUGGGGAACCAUUUGUGAUGACGGGUGGGACCUACCUUCAGCCAGUGUGGCCUGCCGAGAAUUGGGCUUUGGAACCGCCAAGGAGGCUAUCUUGGGUGCGAGACUUGGACAAGGCAUUGGCCCUAUCCAUCUCAAUGAAGUGGACUGCACAGGCUUUGAAAAGUCUAUUACAGACUGUAAAUUCAGCAAGGAGAUCAGGAGCUGCACCCAUGAAGAAGAUGCUGGUGUGAAAUGCAACAUCCCAGCAAUGGGCUUCCAAAACCAGGUACGCUUGAGUGGUGGCCGCACACCUUACGAAGGCCGGGUGGAAGUUCUCCAGGAACGCAAUGGCACCUUCAUAUGGGGGUCCAUCUGCGGCGAAGGAUGGAAUAUAAUGGACGCCAUGGUGGUUUGUCGCCAGCUGAAUCUUGGCUAUGCUAACCAUGCAUUCCAGGAGACCUGGUAUUGGUAUGGUGACACUGGUGCAGACAACGUGGUCAUGAGUGGGAUGAAAUGCUCCGGGACAGAAAUGGCUUUGUUCCACUGCCCACAUGAUGCCAAGAUCUCCUGUCCCAAGGGAGGCGGACGCCAUGCAGCUGGUGUUUCCUGUACAGAAACUGCGGCUGAUCUCGUCCUCAACGCCAAGGAAGUAGAACAGACAUCCUACCUGGAGGAUCGCCCCAUGCAUGUGCUGCAGUGCGCCAUGGAGGAGAAUUGCCUGGCCUCCUCUGCGGUCAACACCUCAGUGACGUCCGGUUACAGGAGACUCUUCCGCUUCUCCUCCCAGAUCCAUAAUAACGGGCAGGCUGACUUCCGUCCCAAAACGGGCCGCCACGCUUGGAUCUGGCACGAAUGCCACAGGCAUUACCACAGCAUGGAAGUCUUUGCCCACUACGAUCUGUUGGAUAGCAACUGGACUCAAGUUGCCGAAGGCCACAAAGCCAGCUUUUGCCUGGAGGACAGCGACUGCAUAGACGGAGUCCAGAAGCAGUACGAGUGUGCAAACUUUGGGGAGCAAGGGAUCUCUGUCGGAUGCUAUGACGUGUAUCGGCAUGAUAUUGAUUGCCAGUGGAUUGACGUUACUGAUCUCAAACCAGGAGACUACAUCUUCCGGAUCAUUGUUAAUCCGAACUUUGAAGUGGCAGAGUCUGAUUAUUCCAACAAUGUGAUGCUAUGUAACGUCAGGUAUGGGCCACAACGCGUAUGGGUAUUCAACUGCCAUAUAGCCAACUCUUACUACGAACCAGACCAAAAAGAAUAUUUCAAUGGACUUUGGAACAAUCAGGUGUUUUAACUUUAGACCCUCUGUUUAAUUAAAAAAAAAAAAAAGGAAUUAAAAAAAAAAGAGGAAGGCCUUUCCCCAUGAUUUCCCUAACCACUGCUCGGAAAACUGAAGUUAAGCAAUGAACGUUUUCACGUUAGCUCUGUAAGUUAUUUUUCAAGGAUGUUACUCCAAAAUCUACUUUGCAACAUUUAGCAGAAGGAAACCGCAGCGGCAGACUCAAAUUUCACACCGUUCCAAGAGAAGGAAGGUUUUGCACUAGCUGUACGACUUUGCCUUCCCUCCAUGUACUUCAACCCUUUGCAAACUCUCACUCACUCCCACUUGGUCCACUGCAGCGUCCGAAGAGGCACCUGACUGACAACUCAGCAAGGAUUUGAUGCUCAGAGUUACCUUCUUCUUCUUCUUCUUCUUCUUUUUUUUUUGAGGACUUCUCUUUCAGCCUCAGUAGUUUGUCUUGAAGACGUUCGAAAAUCUGACUCUAUGCCACUGGUGGGAGGUCACUUUUCUUUCCUCUUAGCCUGCUCACAUCUCCAAGAACACAGGCGAUUAUUUGAUUUUGGGAGGGGAAAAACAGGGGAAACUGUCAGUAGGGCAAGGAAAAUAUGGCCAUCCUAACUUCCAUCUUGGUUUUAAAAACCACUAGAAUGUGAAUUUUUUGAAACACAGUAAGCCAGGGGUAUCAAACUCAAAGCCCGCAGGCUGGAUCUGGCCUGCGGGGUGCUUAGAUCUGGCCCACGCUCCCCCCCUGGAAAUAGCGAAGGACCAGCCUGAAGUGCUUCUGCCAGCAAAAAUGGAGGUACCGUGUUUCCCCGAAAAUAAGACCCUGUCUUAUAUUUUUUUGAACUCUGAAAUAAGCACUUGGCCUUAUUGCCAUGUGCUCAAAAGCCCAAUUGGGCUUAUUAUCAGGGGAUGUCUUAUUUUGGGGGAAACAGGGUAAGGAGGGCCGCGUGCUCCAUUUUCAUUGACAGAGGGCUCAGGCCACCACAGGUGCCCCCGACACGAGGGACGUCGAGCUGGCCACAUCCACCCUGGCCACGCCUCACCCGGCUCCCCCAAAGUCAAACACAACCCUGAUGCGGCCCUCAAUGAAAUCAAGUUUGACACCCCUGCAGUAAGCUGUUCACCUGCUCUGCCUUAUCCAUGUCUUUUCCGUCCACGCCACCCCACCCUUAGCCACAUAUUUCCUUCCCGUCAAUAUUAAGAAAUACAUCAACUAUAGCAGAGGUGGGUUUCAGCAGAUUCUGACCAGUUCUGGAGAACCGGUAGCGGAAAUUUUGAGUAGUUCGGAGAACCGGUAACUACCACCUCUGACUGGCUCUGCCCCCAUUUAUUCUCUGCCUCCCGAGUCCCAGAUGAUUGUGAGGAAAUGGGGAUUUUGCAGUAUCCUUCCCCUGGAGUGGGGAGGGAAUGGAGAUUUCACAGUAGCCUUCCCCUGGAGUGGGGAGGGAAUGGAGAUUUCACAGUAGCCUUCCCCUGGAGUGGGGUGGGAAUGGAGAUUUUACAGUAUCCUUCCCCUGCCAUGCCCACCAAGCCAUGCCACGCCCACAGAACCGUUAGUAGAAAAAUUUGAAUCCCACCACUGAACUAUGUCAAGCUUUUCCCACGAUAGACCUCUUCCCUAUUUCAUUACAGCAAACUGUUCUACGAUAUCUUGUAAGGAUUUUUUUAAAAACGAAUUUCUUAGGACACAUUUUACAUGGGAGUCCUUGAAGGGGUUCCAAAAAUCAAGAUGGCAACUCCCAACCAUGUGACUGUAGCCAUCUUGACUUUUUGAUGACAACCCUAUCUUUAGUAAAUGUAUGAUGGUGCUAAGCACAUUUGCCUCUGUUUGUUUGAGGCCAUGCAUUCCUGCAGAAAACCAUUCCUACUUGAAUAUAUUUAUUUUUUUUUCCGUGUUUUUAAAGGAAAGGCCUUUUACCCAGGGAGACAGUUUGUAUACAGUACUUCCGAAGGAAAUUUUAAAAAAAAAAACAAUCCAGAAAGGGUUCCCAUUUUCUUACUUUUACGAUCCUGUACAAAAGAGGGAACUGCAAACUCGAGCUAUGGAUUUGCUGCAGGGGAAUCAGAGCCCCACGUCCAGCAGUUUUGUUUCUAAAAUAAUAACAAUAACAAUAAUAAUCGGAGAUGUUUUUGGAGGCUCAAAAAGCUGAACGUGAACUUUGAUCUAUUGUUUCUUUCAAGCAUCCAGUGACUAAGAGUAGAUUGCCUCUGACUGUGGACGUUACUAGUUAUUGCUGCAUCAAGACUUUAAACCAGUAGUGGGUUUCACUUACCUUCGCUACCGGUUCGGAACUGUGAGCGCGUGCACACGCUCGCUUUGUUCGUGCGCGGCGCUUCUGCACAUGCUCAGAACCUUCUGCGCACGCGCAGAGCAGUGGUGGGUUCCUCCUGGUUCGGCCAAGCCGGUAGCAGUGACGAUAUGACGUCACCGAACUGGUUCUCUUUGUUCGGGAGCUGGGCCCUCCUGCCCCCCCUAUUCUUACCUUUUAUUUGGCCCCACCCCCAAUCUAUUUGCUGCCUCCCGAGUCCCAGCUGAUCAGCUAGAAGGAAAAAAACUGUUUAAACUCUUGCCGCAUGGGCCGCCCUACAGCUGAUCAGUGUUAAAAGGCAGUGUGGUGGUAGACCAGGGCGCUCGAAAAACAAAUGGGUAGACCAGUGCCUCCAAAAACAAAUGAGUAGACCAGUGCCUCCAAAAACAAAUGAGUAGACCAGUGCCUCUGAAAACAAAUGAGUAGACCGGUGCCUCCAAAAACAAAUGAGUAGACCAGUACAGCUCUGCAAGCAGUUAAAAGCCUGGUAGAGCAGUAUAUCUGCUAAAUCCUAAAGAAUUGUCACAUGACCAUCAUGCUACGCCCAUAAAAUAAGCCACGCCCACAGAACCGGUAGUCAAAAAAUUUAGAACCCACCCCUGGCUCAGAGCAUCCGUGAUGACAUCCGGACGGGUGGGCGGAGCCUCCCACCAAACCAGGGCGAACCGGUAGAAACCCACCACUGCUUUAAACCCACCGUAUUUGGGGACUAUAAGAAAGAAGGAAUUCAAUGUAACUAAAGCAGCGGUGUCAAACUCAAGGCCCAAGGUAAUUAGAUCUGGCCCUGGAAACAGUGAAGGCCCGGUCUGCGGUACUUCUGCCAGUGAAAACGGGCUCCCAAGCUCCGUUUUCAGCUGCAACGGCCUCCUGCAACCUUCUGUCAGUGAAAACGGAGCUCGGGAGGGUCGUGUGUGGUGCCCCGACACGAAUGGCAUCAAGCUGGCCACGCCCCUGUUCCUCCCCCCCCCCAAGGUCAAACACAACCUCGAUGCGGCCCUGAAUGAAGUCGAGUUUGACACCCCUGAUCUAAAGCGAAAAGACAAAACAUAAAAUGAUUUAAAAGCCUUCCAAUUCUUGAAAACUCAUUCCUUGGCUGCUUUAGGGAAGAGAAAAUAAAUAAAUCCGUAACCAGAGAGGGGAAUCACGUUAUCAAAAAGAGUGUCUCGUCCAGUACUGUGGAGAUUUAUGCAAACCAAGUUCAUUCAACUCUUCUUGAUCAGGGACACUGUGAAUUAUUAUUAUUAUUAUUUUUUAAUAGCCAUCCGUUCCCUUUUUCUUUCUCGCUCUGCUGAUUCUUGCUUGUCGAAUGAGAACUAGUACAGACACGUUGGUUGGGAGGAAUAAGCUAAGAGGAUUUUAAAAUGGUAUUUUGCACAGGUAUAAGUGUUGUAUGAAUAAACUGAGAUUAUGCUGA